UCACAUUUUAGCUAACGUCUGCUUGUUUUGUGCGCACCCCCAAAGCUGAAAUUGUUAAAAGAAAUACGAUCUUUGACAUCUUUCUACUAAAUAUUCUUAAAAUUUAUCGUUUGUUAGCAAUAAUCUGUUAGACCCACAAUUCAAUUUGAUCGAAAACAACUAAUUUCCUUACAAAAUCAGAACUUUAACCCCAAAUUUGACAUCACUUGAUCGCUUGAUUUCGUCAAACAGCGAGCACACUGCUCUAUUUCAAUGGAUUCCUGGCUCAAACGUGCCGAAGGCUUGUUCGAAGUUGUUGAUCGGAGGGCAAAGCUGGUGGCGAAUGAGCUUUCAGAUGAGCAACCCAAUCUUCCCGUAGCAGUUUCUAACGGGAAAGGUUCUCAGGGAAAAAGGCCCAAGGCAAAGGCAAAGAAGAGAGCUUCUAUGGAGGAACGUGCAAAAAAAGUUGACAGCACACAGGAAGAAAGUAGCUUACAGCCAUCAGUAUCAGAUUCUAAACCUGAUGAGAUGUCGGCCACCACAGCAAUCAACAAUGAUGGACCACUUCGUGGAAAUUCAACAGCCCAGAUGAAUGAGAUGCAAGACAAGAUUGAUCAUAGUUCUCAUGUCGAAGCUGUUUCAUCUGAUACCUUGUCAAAUGAAGUGAGCAAACAUGAUGAUGGGCAGGGGGAGGCUGCGACUAGUGCUAAAGUUGUCACUUCAUCUUCGAAUGGGGAGUUGGGUGAUGACACAAUUUCUUUUGCAGCAUCUGCUGCCGCAGACACUGAGCUUAGUCUUAACAAUCAUUCAAUUGACUCUGGACAAAGUAUCAGUUUGAAAGAUCAAGAUGACUUUGUGAAACCUGGGGAGGAGAAGUCCAAAACCAUGGUUGAAGGUACGCCAAUUUUAGCGACUACGGUGAAGAAAAAGAUAAACACUGUUGAUGCCACAUCAGCACCUAUUUCGGAUCCCAUGAAACAGGAGGAUGAAAAGGCAAGGCCAUCUUUGACCAAAGUACAAGAACAACUUGAGGAGGCUCAAGGUUUACUUAAAUCAACAAAUUCUACUGGUCAAUCAAAAGAGGCAAGGUUAGCUCGGGUUUGUGCUGGACUUUCAUCCCGUCUUCAGGAAUACAAAUCUGAGAAUGCUCAGUUAGAGGAGCUUCUAACAGCUGAAAGGGAGCUCAGUAAAUCAUUUGAGGGUCGGAUAAAGCAACUGCAGCAGGAGUUAUCUGCUGCUAAAACAGAAGUAAACAGAGUUGAGUCAAGUAUGGCUGAUGCAUUAUCUGCAAAAAAUUCUGAAAUAGAGACACUUGUCAGCUCUCUUGAUGCUGUUAAGAAGCAGGCUGCUUUGUCUGAAGGAAAUAUGGCGUCCUUACAGGCAAAUAUGGAGACUUUGAUGAGAAACAGAGAGCUAGCAGAGACAAGGAUGAUGCAAGCCCUGAAGGAGGAACUUGCAUUGGCUGAACGACGGGCAGAAGAAGAGCGUGCAGCUCAUAAUGCCACUAAAAAGGCUGCCAUGGAGAGGGAAGUAGAAUUGGAACACCGAGGUAUGGAUGCAUCUACUGCGCUUGCGAGACUUCAGAGAAUGGCAGAUGAGAAGGCAUCAAAGGCAGGUGAUUUAGAACAAAAGGUGGCAUUGCUUGAGGCUGAAUGUGCAUCUUUAAACCAAGAAUUGCAUGACAUGGAGGGUCGUCUACGCCGUGAGCAAAAGAAGUCUCCUGAAGAUGCGAAUCAGUUGAUUCAGGUUCAGGCCUGGCAAGAGGAAGUGGAACGCGCACGUCAGGGUCAAAGAGAUGCAGAAAUCAAGCUUUCUUCUCUUGAGGCUGAAUUACAAAAGAUUAGAGUUGAAAUGGCUGCCAUGAAGAGGGAUGCUGAGCAUUAUUCACGUCAGGAACACGUGGAGCUUGAGAAGCGAUAUCGUGAACUAACCGAUCUAUUGUACUACAAGCAAACACAGCUUGAAACGAUGGCAAGUGAAAAAGCUGCUGCUGAGUUUCAGUUGGAGAAAGAGAUCAAGCGUCUUCAGGAAGCACAGGCUGAAGCAGAACGAAACAAGAUUUCUCGCCGGGCAUCGUCGACUUGGGAGGAAGAAGCAGACAUGAGAGAACUUGAGCCUCUCCCAUUACAUCAACGUCAUUUGGUUGGGGCUAGCGUUCAGUUGCGAAAGGCGGCAAAGCUUUUAGAUACUGGUGCAGUCAGUGCUACAAGGAUCCUCUGGCGGCAUCCUAGAGCUCGAGUUGGCCUGCUAUUUUACCUAGUUUUUGUACAUCUGUUCUUGAUGUAUCUGUUGCAUAGCCUUCAGGCCCAAGCUGAUGACUUCGCUGCUCGAGAAGUUGCUCGGUCGAUGGGACUUUCUCAACCCAAUUUACCAUGAUUUAACCUGUGCUCAAGUGCAGGAAGUUUCUCUGACAGAGGCUCUACUAAACAUGGAAAGUGUGCUUUGUUUCAGUGGUUAGUAACUUGCUUGGCAUAUGGUCAGAAUCCAUGGUGAGUGAGGGAAGUUGCACACUAGUAUUUGCAAUUCCUCUUGUUGACGCGUCUCUACCAACUAACAGCAACUCUAAUGACAUCUUGCGAAUCAGCAGCACAAUACGGUGAUAAAGAGUGCAAGGCUCAGUGGUCGUAUACUGUAUACAUGUGUGUGCCUUAAGCUCUCAGAAGCCUUAUUAUGCUAUCAAGAAGAUACAAGGUGUUGGAGAUUGCAUACAUGUAGGAGGAGCUUAAUUCAUAUACAUACUACUCUCUUUUUCUUGAAAUCAACAUUGAUGCUAUAUUUCUUUUAGAUCGAGGCAUCUUUUAUUUGAUAGUGUGUAAAGGUAACGCGACAAAACUUUUUUGGAAGUUUGAAUGUAAAUUUCUAAUCAAUUGUAAAUUCUUCAGGUUAAUGAUUUGGCCAACAUUUCUGUGAACUGUAUAUUCAUAGGGGAAGUUUUCAAUAUGGUUUUAAGAUUAUACCUUCAGAUAUAUGAUAUGUGAUACUGGUAUUAGUGUUGUAAA